AUGCGAAGAUACACGGUCGAAGCGAUUGAGGCGAGAGAGCCAAGUGGACUUUUUGAUGGUCCGAGGAUUAUGGGUUUAGAGGAGAGUUUGAAGAUGAAGAGGGUCAUGGAAUUCGGUAGGAGAAAGUGGUGGAAAAAGGUAAAAGAUUUCAAAGGGAAAGGGUGGUGGAGAGAGGGAAAGAAGAUUGAGUGGUGGUUGGAGGCAGAGAAGGUAGAAUGGGUUGUUGUGCUUAAGGUUCAGGAUAUUGACCUUUCGGAGAGGUUCAUGUCAAGUAGUCAGGAUGAAUCUAUAGAGGAGAAAACAAGUGUUGGCCAGGAGGUGCGAAGCAGCGUGGGACAAGGAGAGAAGGACUGCAGUCAAGAGAAAAAGGAUGUGAACUUGGAUAAUGUGGAUGAAAAGAAAGAUACGAAGGAAGAAGAGACGAUGGAAGUUGAGGAAGCAGAGAGGAGAAUGAGAAUUUUGGUGAAAAGGUUGUAUGUUGAGGGAAAUGGUGAUGAGGAGAUAGAGAUUUAG